CAUUUUUACAUUUUUGUGCUGAGCUUCAAAAAAUUCUCUACUUCUUUUUAAAUAUUCUAAAGUAAAAUAUAUUAUAGAUUUAUUGCAUAACUAAAUAUUCAUUAGACAAAUCCGAAGAAAAUGACAAACAUCGGUUGCGUGGCCAAAUUGCUGGCUAACUUUGAAAUGAACAGUUGUUAUUGGGUAGAAAGAGUUAAUCCGAAUUGGCAUCAGGCUCGCCAGGUACCCAAAACUUUGCUAAACGAAAAAUCAAGAGAUAAUUAUACUGUUCGCAAGCCUGAAAGUGAGAGGAAUUCCAGAAUGUUGUCCCCGUCAUUAAGGAAAUCAUUAUUACGUCGUGUAAAAAAGUUUAGUAGUAAUUAAAAUAAUCUGUUAAAUGUAAGCAAAAAUAUUUAAAAUACAGAAUGCUGGCGCUCGCACUACACUA